AUGCCCUCGAUUCGUUUUGAAGACGCCUGGCAGAUAAGUGCCGACAACCGGUACAAAUGCCGCCUUUGCCCGCAGGAGGCUCCGAAAUGGCUCACUCAUAGUAAGGCCUGCGUUCACGAGAACUCUGAGCUACACACUCUCCGGGUUCGAGAACUCGAUCGUCCCCCGCCUACGAAUGUAUACCCCACCCGCUCUAGUGCAGGACAGCCGCAGUCUGCUUUCCCGAAACCGGCUUCGGCGGCGACAUCCAGUUCCUCGCCGACAACCUCUACCUCGAGCUCCUCAAUCUUUCCGGACUUCCGCGUCGAACCCUAUGUUGCGAUACCAGGCCCGCGUUGCGCGUCUGACCGGGCGGAUCAGAUCUACGACGACUUCGACGGCGAAUGGUGGAGGAGAAGUGCGCGCGAACGGCUGCAAACUCAAGGCGGCGUCGUCGACAUAUCUGAAAACGACAAGGAUGAGGCCCGGAAUGGAGACUCGGACGGUAACAAUACUAGUAAUGUGCUUCCCGAUUUCAAUAGCCGUAUGGCUGCAGACGAAAUCAACGGACCUCGCAAACCGCGGUCGGUCGGCGACAUCCCCGAUGUGCCGCCGAUUUCGCUCCCGGAGUUCACGAUCCAGGCAAUCGAUGCUUUGCACGUCGGCGACAAGGAGGCCGCCAAGCAUUGCGAGGUUGUGCAGGGACACUUCGCUCACUCGCGUAUCAUCGCCCAUCGUCUCCUUCAGCAACCCGCUCCCGAAGCCACGACCACCGACACUGCCUUCUGGAAGAUCAUCGGUCGUGAGCUCCGCGAGAACGAAGAGCAGUGGGGCCCCGAUCGUAACAGCCCUGGCUGGCGUAGCUGGUCGCGCGAUCGCAUCCUCGGGGACAUGGCCCUCUGGCCGGCUCCGCUUCAUCUUCAAAGUCUCCUGAACGCCACGUUCACGGAUCUCGGUGCCCCGCCGUUCGCAGGAGGUCCCGCUGAGCAACCGGAACUGGCGAUGCCGCCUCCGGUCGCGGCUCAGGGUCUCAUGCAAGUGAUGGGCGACGACCUCGGUGCUCAGAACGGCAUUGGGCCUGUGGCCGAUGCUGCGAACGAGGGCGAUGCCGCAUGA